ACACAAACGGCCUCAGGUCUUGAGUGAUAGAAUCACUGCCUGAGUUCAGUUCAGUUGUAUUUAACUUUAAAUCUGAGUACAUUCACAUCUAAUUAUUAAGAACUUAGUUUUUUUAAACAUUUAAGUGUAUGUUUAAUCCAUCAAAUCUGGAGCGUGACAUGCUAUUUUAUGUAUUUUAAUGUUGGGCAAUAUGAUGGUAAUUGGAGAGCUGACUACAACUCUAUGCAAAACGUUUGCGAAUAACUGGACCACUGUACUAUAUAUCGAAAUAUGAAAUGUGAACAAUUUUAAAUGCUGCACUUUUAUUAUGGAAGCCCCAUCCAGGAUACUGUCCAUGUAUUUGCGUUGACUUGAUAGCAGGAGAAGUGGCAACAAAAAGUCUCGUAAAACAUAGGACGGGCCAGGUUGCUUUUAUUGGAACACAAAGCGACGCUUUUAAUGUCCCGCGGGCUGUCCAGACUGACCACAUUUGAAGCAAAUUGCUCUUUCUUCAGCUAACGUUAGCCAGCUAGACAGAAAGGGAGAAGCUACCAGUGAAGUGGGCAACUUGUAAUGGAGGUAACGAUGUGCGGUUUGUGUGCAAACAUGGGGAGCAUCCGGGUGGAGGAGGACAUGUCGAAUUUCUGAGCGGUGAACGGACACUUACUUGUACGUGUGUCCCUUUUCUUCUUGCCGUGAUGACAAAUGUUGUGUAAUGCUGUACGACUGUCGUGCUAAGUUGAGAUGCUGCUCGGAGCUAGCCAAUGCUACUUCCACUUGUCCUCGAAAGAUGCUGACUUCGAGGAAAAACAAGCAUUACUAGGGCAUUUCAAGGUGCAACAAUUGACAACUCCAUCCAUCCAUUUUUUUAGCUCCAUCCAGUUAGCGUUAAUGUCAAUGUUGUCAAUGGCAAAACAUGAAUGGAGACUAAUGGACUUAUGAUUGAUGCGUCAACUCGUUGUUUCAACACUGACUGUGGUGAUAUGUUUUCGUAUCACAGAUGCUUCAUUUAAUGCUACAACUUCAGAUGUUAAACCCAAUACUGAACCAGAUGGUAGAAACUGUAAAGCAGCGACGUGUUUCAUUGUCAUGGGCUGACUGCACAGAGGACAUGUUUUAAACUAGAAGAGGGAGCGCACCAUCACACAGCCAUGGGCAUUUGUUCAUCUGCUUGCAAGCUGUUGCGCAGGGUGAAGUACGUUUUCCUGAUCCUUCUGUCCCUGUCCGUGCUGGCAUGGAUUUCAAUAUUCUCAGGUGGCAACCUAAAAUCAACACUAGUCCCGUCAGCGCCAACACAGCCUUUCAUUAAAGGAGAGGGCACUCAAGUUGUGACAAACUUGGGGACUUCAGCACCCUUUCACUUAAUUACCUCAACGCCAUUACAAGAAUGUCCGAAGGAGUCGCCACUGCUACAAGGUGCAGUGAAGCUGAACUUUCAGCCCUCCCUGAAACUGAAGGAGGUGGAGGAUGAGAACAAGCAGGUGACUGAAGGCCAGUAUCAGCCUUCCUCCUGCAGGGCCAGACAGAGUGUGGCCAUCCUCAUUCCCCAUCGCAACCGAGAGCGACACCUCCUCUACCUACUGCAUCACCUGCACCCCUUCCUACAGAGGCAACAACUCCACUAUGCCGUUUAUGUUGUACAGCAGGCCGGUGAUGCCACUUUCAACCGUGCCAAAUUACUGAAUGUGGGUUUCUUAGAGGCACUCAAAGACUACAGUUGGGACUGUUUCAUUUUCCAUGAUGUGGACCUGGUUCCUGAAAAUGAUCACAAUCUCUACAUUUGUGAUUCGCAACCCAAACACCUGGUGGUUGGCCGGAAUGCCACCGGAUACAAGCUGCAUUACAAAGGCUACUUCGGAGGAGUCACGGCGAUGAGCAGAGAGCAGUUCCGUAAAGUGAACGGAUUUUCAAACACCUACUGGGGUUGGGGUGGAGAAGACGAUGACCUUCGCAUCAGGGUGGAGUUGCAGAAAAUGAAGAUUGUGCGACCACCUGCUGCCGUAGCACGCUACACAAUGGUGUUUCACAAACGGGACAGCGGCAAUGAAGUCAACAAGGACAGGAUGAAACUGUUAAGACGAACCACACUAGUUUGGAAAAAGGACGGGUUGAACAGCUGCAAAUAUCAGACCAUGUCAGUGGAGAGAUUGCCGCUCUAUGUCAAUGUCACCGUAGAUAUUGGGAAGCCGUAGAGCUGACACUUCAAAUAAGCUCUGCUCUCUUUAAAGACAGGUGAAAAAAGUAUUACCUGACAUUGUGAGUUAGACAUCAUACAGUAUAACGCAGGCGAGUGCAGUUCACUUACGAAGACGCAGAAGUGAAAGCUCAAAUGUGUUCAAAUAUGCAAUAAAUUCACUUCGCGAUCUUAAAAGUUGUUUCUGUUUGGCAAUGCAACUGAUCAAAAAGAUAUAAGCCUCUAACAUUCUUGUUCAGCUCCACAUUUGUCGAACAACACAUGUCCAAGGCCCCUCGUUGUACAGUUCAAUUAUUGUCCAAAUGUUGUUUAUGCAUUCCUUUUAUUCAUCUCAUUUGUUAAGGUAUGUCGAGUUUGUGUCCAUCCUGUAUUCAGGACUGCGUAAGUUUUCAGGUACUCAGUGAUGAAAGUCCUCCGGAUUUUCCCGGAAUUCCAGAUUUUUAAAUUUUCAUGAAAAUUGCUCUGGAAAAUUGAGGAAACAUUGGACGAACAUUCGUUUGAGUUCGUUGUUUUGCUUUCACGAGCGUAGCCAUGUUGAGGCAAUGACACGAGUAACAGUAACGGCCCUCCCCUCACAUUCUCUCAAGACGUCGCUUAUUUUGUGUGGUCUUGACAUUAAUUUACGUGUUUAUUUCAAAAACAUUGUUCACUAAACAACCCUGCUUCAAAACAACCGGUAUUCACCCGGAAACAGGAAAUGCAAGUUAACCGUACUGAGCAUGUACGAAAGCGCAUGUUCAGAACUGCUUUAACGUCGAAAGUCAUCAACAUCAUGAGCCAUGUCAAAGGAAAUUCAGUUAUACCAGGCAGGAGUGCUCUUUGCGUCGAUCGCGAGGCAGUGUGACGGCGUAAAACAAAUCCCAAAAAAAAACAACAUUAGACUAUCAUCCACCUCGUCGCUUGAUUCAGGUGUGGCCAAUACGUCGAGUGCAUGCACCAUAAAGGCGCGUUCUAGCAAGCCGGCUUCCUAUUUACGGCAGUUCCGUGAUGCGUGCCCCCCCCCCCCAACAAUACGUCACGAUUGCCGACAGGAAUGUUCGUUCCAAUGUAUCGUGAGCUUGUUGCCACAAACGCCGAUUAUGUUGAAGUAAACUUUCAGAAUUUUCAAAACAUUGCGGGUAUAAACCAUUCGUGUUUAUUCCUUGACAGGCCAGUGCAUUUACAUUUUCUUCAGAUAAAGUUUGUCGGAUCAAGAAUUUUUAUUGAUGAAAAAUUUAAAUACCGUUUUAUAUCCUGUUCUACUAAUAUCAUUUGAAAUUGGAAAUGAUCAUUUCUGAGUUUUAAAUUUUUUUUUUCUGUUUUAGUUACGUACUUGUUUAUUUUAUUUUUAAUUUACAGUUAUGUUAUAUUAAUCCAGUAAGUUAUUUUAAGGUCAUCCCAAAUCACACCCGCAACUUUAUCUGCGAGCAUGACUGACCACACCCAUACAUUUUUCAAAUGUGACUGUGUGUAUCAAAAUAUUAAAGGCAACUGAUGAUACUAUUUGUAUUACUAGAUCUAUAUCUAAGAUAGUGAGAAAUGUGGUCGAGUGCAACGCGACGUAACAAGUUUGCCGCUUAAACGUUAAUAGUUAAUACUACAGAUCAACUCCUUUAACAUGUUUUGCUGUACAGUGUAGAAAUUCUAGGAUAUAUUUUCGUGUAUAUUCUAUAUCUAUACUAUAUUAUGUAUAAUGUGAGGAAAAGGACAAUUUUAGAUAUCUUUUUACUGAAUAGUUCACUUAAUUCAUUUGUCUUGAGAUAAACUCGCAUAUUUUAAUGACAAAUGUGAUUUUAUGCUAUCCAGUGAUAGGGACAUGGGGGACAAAAAAAUCUGGGCUUGGCCCUUGGGGAACUUCUGCCCAAUUUUUUUUUUUUUUUUUUUGGUCAGGACUAAGAAAUUUUACUUUCAAUUUUUGUCUGAAUUUUGUUCACAGAUAUCGCCAGAAUGCACCACAGCCAUCCAUUUUAAAAAGAAAAAAUUCCCGGGGGUGCCCUCAGACCCCCCUCGUGCUUGCAUUUGUAUUUUCAGGAAUUUUCACGAAAGUCUAUUUUCAUCUCUAAGUACUGAACGUGAAUCAUCAAAUUAUUUUCUUUCUUUUUUCCAAAGAUUGCACUUUUUGAUCCUUCAUCUACAUAUUUUUUUCAAAUACACAUUUCUCAACAUAUCCAUAACCAAAUGUCUGAGUGAACUCAUUAAUGUUACGAGUAAAAACAUGAAGUAGCAAGAAGUGAACUCUGGUCCUCCUGCGGUAUGUUUUGCAAUACCUGCUGGCCAGAAGACGAAGCCUUGAUGUUAUUGCAAGACUAAAUAGAACAAUGCACAUGUUUAGUAAAAGUAGCCUCAAAAGUACUGAUAGUUUUGGGGGUUUUUUUUAGAUGAAAUCUAAUAUAUAUCUUAAAUAGGAGUACUUCAUACACUGCUUUAAGAGUCACUUGUUUCAAAACUAAAGAAUCUGCCCCUAUGUAAUUUACAGUAUAUCAUGCAGACUUAUCCAAGAAUCAUGUUUUUUUUUUUAAUCAAUACAAAUGUUCUUGGAAGAGAUAAGAAGUGUGCUUCAAUUUAGCACAUUAUUUACAAGUGACAUUUUCCAAAGUGUUGUGCAUAACGACUCUCUUUGUUAGAUUUGGGUGAUGCAUUGAUUCUCUGGCUGUCCUCAAAUGAAGAUUAUCUUGUUAAUUACAAUUUUUAUACUUAAAAUAGUCAAUGAUAUGUCUCUG